AUGGCUCUUGAUAUCUCCAACCUUUGGUAUCAUUCACCGUCCUCUUACAGUUUACCCCUUUACCAUCGCGAUGUAUUUGAAAAAUCGGAGUUUAAGGACUAUGACUCAUUACUCGAUGCACGUCUUGCUCGAUGCAUCGAGAGAUCAGAAAUUUUAUUUUCCAUGUCUGAAUAUUCAUCUGAACAUUCUACUACUGGUACCUAUUUUGCCCCAGUUAGCCCAAUUGUACCAAUUAACACAGUAGCCUAUUUUUCUCGUGGUGAAAUUGUGAGCCCCGUUUGGGUUGGCAGUGAAUUACAACGUGAACUUUUGCUUCUUGAUACUGGAAGUCGUCACGUUUGGUGGCAAUGUGGUCCAUGUGAUGUACCAAACAAAUGUUACGAACAAAGGAACGAUUUAUUAUACGAUUCAACAGAAUCCAAUACUUUUGAACAAAUUAAUUGUGUCACCGACACUUCAAGUUGUUUCGAGGGCAGUACAGUUUGGUGCUCUAGACAAGAAAAAAAAUGUCUUUAUCAAGUAAGCUAUGGAGAUUCUGGAUAUAAUGGUUAUGUCACUUCUGGAUUUAUGGCUUAUGAAACAAUAACAUUUAGUUCAAUCCAAGAUUAUGCAAGAAUAAUAUUUGGUUGUGGAAAAGAUCAAAUGAGAGGGCUCAGGAAAUUCACUAGAAAAUUCAGUGGAAUUGCUGGUCUUGGUGCUGGUCUAUAUACAAAUGGAUUUGAGAAAUAUUCAUUACCGUCACAACUUGGUGCUAAUUUAUUCUCUUUAUGCAUUCCUAGUACAACUUCAGGGAAACCAUCUACACUUAACUUCUACAAAACCCCAUGGACAACAGGUAUAAGGGCAACCCUGAUGAGGAACAACAGAUUUCCUCCAUUUUACUACAUACGAGACUUGGAGAAAAUUACGAUCAACAAUAAGGAAGUUCCUAUUGAUCCUUCUCAUUUUAAUUUGGGUGAAGAUGAAUAUAGUGGUGUGUUUGUUGAUACGGGAACCUCUAUUACCCAAUUUCCUCUUGUUGCUUAUGUCCAAUUUAGGUCCAUUUUUAGGUCAGAAGUUAAAGAUAAGCCAUUGGCUCCAAACCCACCAGGUUUAUUUGACACAUGUUAUUGGGCUGGUAAAAAUGUUAAUUGGGCCAAUUUUCCAGUUGUAAGGUUUUAUUUUAAACAUAGUGCAAUACCUCUGGAAGUGAGACAACAACAAGUGAUGAUACUAUAUCGUAGAAGAUAUUGCAUGGGUUUUCGGAGUUCAGGUCAUAAUUGGUCCAUAAUAGGUGCUAAUGUACUACAGACUUUUGGGUUGACCUUUGAUCUUGAUACUUGGUGGCUCACAUUUUCACCAGAUGCUUGUGAAUGA